CUGACAGAUGAUGUCCGAAAAGAAAAAAGAAAACUGCAUCAAUUAUUGUGACGUGGUUGAAAAUUUCGACGAGGAAUAGUGUUGCAUUUCUUUAGCAAAAAUUGCGUAAAUUUCGUGUAAAAACCCAACUCGAAACAGUGCAAAUUGUGGUAUCUUGAGACCGCAAGCAUUACGCACAGAACAACCCGUCCCCGGUUAUCAGGAUGAGCUCGUUUAAGCGAGAUAACAAGGAGGAAGAUGACGGUGGUAAUCCAUGGCAAAACCUCGAGAAAACGUCGGUGCUGCAGGAGACGCGAAUGUUCAACGAGACACCGGUGAACGCUCGUAAAUGUACACAUAUUCUCACCAAGAUACUGUAUCUACUUAAUCAGGGUGAAGUGCUGGGCACAAGGGAGGCUACGGAGUGUUUUUUCGCGAUGACAAAACUGUUCCAAUCGAAGGAUGUCGUGAUGCGGCGCAUGGUUUAUCUGGGCAUCAAGGAGCUUAGCCCAAUUGCGGACGAUGUUAUCAUUGUAACGAGCUCGUUGACAAAGGACAUGACCGGCAAGGAGGAUCUGUACCGUGCCCCUGCCAUCCGGGCGCUGUGCAGCAUCACGGACAGCACAAUGCUACAGGCCGUUGAACGCUAUAUGAAACAGUGCAUUGUCGAUCGGAAUGCACCCGUCUCGAGUGGCGCACUGGUCAGCUCACUGCACCUGGCUAGUACGGCCGGUGAGGUGGUCAAGCGCUGGGCAAAUGAAGCACAGGAAGCACUGAACAGUGACAACAUAAUGGUGCAGUAUCACGGGCUCGGUUUGCUGUACCACAUCCGGAAAGCUGACCGGCUGGCGGUAACCAAGCUGGUAAACAAGCUGACACGUCAACAUCUGCGAAGCCCGUACGCUACGUGCUUUUUGAUUCGUAUCGCGUGCAAAAUUAUGGAGGAGGAAGAUGCCAGCGGUAACGCAACCGAGGAAUCACCGCUGUUCAACUUUGUCGAGUGCUGUCUGCGCAAUAAGUCGGAAAUGGUGGUGUACGAGGCGGCCCACGCCGUCGUCAAUUUGAAGCGAACAAAUCCACGGGAACUCUCGACCGCGGUCAGCAUUUUGCAGUUGUUCUGCGGUUCGUCGAAGGCCACAUUACGUUUCGCGGCGGUACGCACGAUGAACAAGGUGGCCAUGCUGCAUCCACCCGCGGUCAAUGUGUGCAAUCUCGAUCUGGAAGGGUUGAUUGCCGAUUCGAACCGUUCGGUAGCAACACUCGCUAUCACCACGCUCCUAAAGACCGGUGCCGAAAGUUCGGUCGAGCGGCUUAUGAAGCAGAUCGCGACGUUUGUGGCAGAAAUUUCGGACGAAUUCAAGCUCGUGGUGGUGCAGGCGAUUCGUUCACUGUGCACGAAGUUCCCCCGUAAGCACGCGGUCACAAUGAACUUCUUGAGCGGGAUGCUACGGGAGGAGGGUGGUUUGGAGUACAAGACGUCAAUCGUCGACACGAUCAUCUUGAUCAUCGAGGAAAAUCCGGACGCGAAAGAGGCAGGUCUCGGGCAUCUGUGUGAGUUUAUCGAAGAUUGUGAACAUACGUCGCUGGCGGUGCGUAUUCUGCAUCUGCUCGGUAAGGAAGGACCAUACUCGAAGUGUCCGUCACGCUACAUUCGCUUCAUUUACAAUCGCGUCAUACUGGAGAAUGCGACCGUACGAGCAGCGGCCGUCGCUGCGAUCGCACAGUUCGGUGCAUGCUGUCCGGAUUUGUUACCGAACGUGCUGGUGCUGCUGAACCGCUGUCAGAUGGAUUGUGACGAUGAGGUACGCGAUCGGGCCACCUAUUAUUACACCAUUCUGAACCAAUCGAACCCGGAACUAAAUAAACGGUUCAUCGCCGAUCAUGAGAUCGUAUCCCUGCCGCUGCUGGAAAAAUCGCUAAACGAUCAUCUGAAGGGCCCGCUGACGGAGCGAUUCGAUCUCUCGAUUGUGCCGAAAUCGCAGGUCGUCCAGCCGGAAGUAAACGAAGAAGUCAUGAUCAUGAACAAAGCGGCACCAAAAAUCGCACGUGUCAAUCGUGAAGAGAUUAACACGGAGAAGCUGCUCGCCAUACCGGGCAUCCAUCAUGUAGGCGCACUGCACAAAUCCUGCGCACCGGUGCAACUGACCGAGAGUGAAACCGAAUACACGGUGUCCUGCAUCAAACACUGCUUUGCGCAUCACAUUGUGUUCCAGUUCGAUUGUGUGAACACGCUUUCGGAUCAGCUGUUGGAGAAUGUACGCGUAGAUUUGGAGCUCCCGGAAGGCUUCGUGUCGCGUGCCGUUAUUCCGUGUGCAAAGUUACCGUAUGGUGACAAAGAAUCUACCUACGUUAUCGUUCAAUUUCCGGAAGACGUACCCAGCUCUAUCGCCACACUGGGCGCAACAUUACGUUUUCUGGUGAAGGAUUGCGAUCCAGCCACCGGACAGCCAGAUUCGGACGAAGGUUACAACGACGAGUACAUACUAGAGGAUAUCGAAAUAACCGUUGCGGAUCAGAUGCAAAAAUCAAAGAAACAAAACUUCCUUGCCGCGUGGGAAAGUGCCGAUACGGAAGAAUGGGUUGAAGCGGAAGACACAUUCGAGCUGUCGUCUGUGAACAGUCUGCAGGAUGCCGUAAACACGAUUCUGAAAUUCCUCGGCUUAGCUCCUGCGAACCUCUCCGAGAAUGUGCCGGACGGCGCCCACACGCACACGUUACUUUGUUCCGGAACGUUCCGUGGUGGAGUGGAAGUGUUUGUCCGUUCGAAGCUGGCCGUGGCUGAUGGUGUUACGAUGCAGCUGACAGUGCGAUCGACGGAUAUGGACGUUGCGGAAUUAAUUACGUCCGCGGUAGGCUAAACACACGCGCUCGAUUCGAACAGUACAGCCGAACGAUAUCGAACCCCACUGUCGGCUUCCAUCUAGCUUCUGCUCCGAUCAUUUUUUGUGUUUUUAUUAGAACGCAUAGCAAACCGAUGCAGAUGUGUAUGUAGAAUGGAUUCUAAAUGACUGGGGUUCUCUCAUAUGAACGCUGUUGCUGACUAUCGUGGUAUGCUAUAUUUUCAUUCCGUGCAUUAUAUACAAGAAUGAGCCUCCCGUGUGUCCGUUUGUUUGCACCAGUAAAUCUAUCCAGGUGGAAUUAUUGGCCAUGUCCCCUUGUCCGGUACAUACUAAAAGCGAGCAGAUAGGAACCAACGUGGAAUAUAUUUUAACUUACGUUACUAUUAGCAAAAACAAUGGAAAAAAGGAAGGGAAGUACAUACGUAUGAGUUAACCGUGUCGCUGUUCAAAACAUUCACAACCCAAUACCCGCAACUCACAGCUAGAGGCGUCAAUUUGCAGUUUCUUUGUGCUUUCAACAAAAGCAAACACCAAUCAUUUGAAAAGGAACACGAACGAGAAUCAUACUAUAAGGCAAAUGCUAUUACCUGGUGCAUUUUCCUUCAUUUGGUUCAUCUCAUCUUUCAUCGCAUUGCUCACAGAUUCGGCGCGCCGAAAACACCCUUCGACAUGCAAUUUCCCUUCCGGGCACGUGUAUGUGAAUAUGUAUUAAUUAGUGUAAUAUGAGUACCACUGAAACAAUAAAUAAACACGGUUACUUUUGUUUUCUUUAACAGUCUA